UUUGAGUUGGAGCAGAGCUGAAAUGUUGGAGCUGUGUCUCUCACACGGCUCUUCAGCUCAGCUCAUGGUCCUCACAUUAUCUCAGAACGGUUCACAGAACCUAACUCUGCAGAGAAAUGUCCCCACAGCUGACUGCACCACAAGGAACCUGAAGCAGCUUCAAGAAUGGAAAUGUUGCAGGAGGGAAACUUGAGAAGAGGAGUGUGGAUGUGUCUCCUGCUGUUGGCUGUAGUACACGAAGCCACAAGCCAAAAAAGGAAGACAGGGCGCAGGAACAACUACACUCUGUUCAACAACGGAGGAAAUGGUCUAACAUGUUCACUGGAGGUGGUGUUCAUCCUUGACAGUUCAGAGAGUGCAAAAAUAACCUUAUUUGAGAAACAAAAGGCCUUCGUGUUGAGCUUCAGUACUCGUCUCUCCACGCUCCUAGUCCCAGGCUGGACGCUAAAAGUGCAAAUGGCUGCACUUCAGUACAGCAGCUCUGUGUUCAUCGAGCAACGGUUCUCAUCCUGGAAAGACCUUGAUUCAUUUCAUGGGACAGUCAGCACCAUGAGCUACAUUGGCCACGGCACCUAUACCACCUACGCCAUCACCAACGCCUCACAGCUACUGGAACAGGAGACAUCAGAGGACAGCGUCCGGGUUGCAGUGCUGAUGACAGACGGGGUCGACCAUCCCCGCAACCCCGAUGUCAUUGCAGCUGCAGCAGAAGCCAAAGGUCAUGACAUAAAGUUCUUCACAAUAGGCCUGUCAGAUAUCGCCCAGCAGAGUCAGAACAACGCCAAACUCCGGGCUAUUGCAAAUACACCUGCUCAGCAGUUUGUGCAAAGUCUUGUGGAUCCUCAGCUUGAAGAGAAGCUGUUCAAAGAGAUGGGUGCACUUGCACUUGAAGGGUGUCCACAGGCUCAGGUGUGUUUGUGUGAAAGAGGAGAAAGAGGCCCUCCAGGAAGUCCAGGUAGAAAAGGGGACCCGGGCCACAGAGGGCAGCUGGGUCAAAAAGGAGCAAAAGGGGAGCUUGGAGUGACUGGUCGACCUGGAAGAGAUGGCCCAGAGGGCCAUCCAGGUUACAAGGGCAACAAGGGGGAGAGAGGAGAAUGUGGGACUCCUGGGGAAAAGGGCGACACCGGUCCUGAAGGACCUCCAGGACCAUGGGGACUGAGAGGAGAACAGGGUUUGAGGGGAUCACCAGGAGACGUAGGACCUGAAGGGUCUCUUGGGCCAAAAGGGGACAGGGGGCCUGUUGGUGUUCCAGGACCACCAGGGGACACUGGUAUUGGAUUUCCAGGAACAAAGGGUGAAAAAGGACUUCAGGGACGUCCAGGUCCCACAGGUCCUGUUGGCACAGGAGAACCAGGACUACCAGGUCCCCCUGGACCUUCUGGAUUACAAGGAAACCCUGGACCACCUGGAGAAGGGCUACCAGGGCCAAAGGGUGAUCGAGGAUAUGACGGUCCAAGAGGUAACCGUGGUUUUCCUGGAUUUGGGCUCAAAGGUGACAAGGGCAGUCACGGGCCUCCAGGUUUACCAGGUCCAAUUGGAAUUCCUGGUUUAGGACUUCAAGGAGAAAAGGGUGAUCAAGGCCCAGUUGGACCUGCAGGACCCAGAGGAGCUCCAGGAAUAGGAAUAACAGGAGCGAAGGGCAACCAGGGAGUCUCUGGUGAGCCUGGACAGCCAGGAGAGAUAGGUGUAGGAGCACCAGGACCCAAAGGUGAUCCAGGGUCAGAGGGAUUACCAGGUAUACCAGGGUUGCCAGGAGAGGAUGGAGAUGCCGGACCAAAGGGUGACAUUGGGUUACCGGGGCCGAGAGGACCUGAUGGGAUACCCGGUAAAGGAACCCCAGGAGACAAGGGAGACCGAGGAGAUAGGGGACCCAGAGGCCAGCUGGGGGCUGUCGGACCUGUGGGACCAAUGGGGCCCAAGGGGGAACCAGGAAACACUGGGCCACCAGGUGCUACAGGACCACCAGGGAGGGGUAUCGUUGGUGCCAAGGGAGAACCAGGCCUACGAGGUCAAGCUGGAGCUGUGGGUGAGCCAGGGAUAGGUUUAAUGGGACCAAAAGGUGAUAGAGGACCACCAGGACCAGCUGGGUCACCUGGACUGAAAGGAGAUGGUUACCCUGGUCCUCCAGGACUUCCAGGACCUUCUGGCCUCGCAGGUGAGCCUGGACCAGAAGGUGUUGGUUUACCUGGAACUAAGGGGGACAGAGGUUUGCCUGGACCUCUUGGACCUGCUGGACCACCAGGAAUAACUCUGAUUGGUGCUAAAGGCUCAGUUGGCCCAGUGGGUCCACCUGGUCCACCAGGUUUACCUGGAGAGGGCAUUCAAGGACAAAAGGGGGAGCCUGGAUUUCAGGGCCUCCCUGGCCCCAGAGGACCUCCUGGACAGGGACUGCAGGGGGACAAGGGAGACAGAGGAUUCAGAGGUGAAAAGGGCAAAAUGGGAGACCGAGGGGACCCUGGUGAGCCAGGAAUCAUUGGACCUUUGGGCAGAGUGGGACAAAAAGGAGAGCCUGGACUUACUAGGGAAGAAAUCAUCAGAAUAGUAAGAUCAAUAUGCAAUUGUGGAGUGGCAUGCCGCCAGAGUCCUUUAGAGCUCGUCUUUGUGAUCGACAGCUCAGAGAGCGUCGGCCCUGACAACUUCAAUGUGAUCAAGGACUUUGUGAAUGCCCUGAUUGACCGCGCCUCAGUCAGCCGAGAGACCACACGGGUGGGCGUGGUCCUCUACAGCCACAGCAACGUGGUGGUAGUCAGACUGGAACAACAUAUCACCCGUGACGAGAUCAAGUCUGCGGUGCGUGCCAUGUCCUACCUGGGGGAGGGCACGUUCACAGGGAGCGCCAUCCAACAGGCCAACGAAGUGUUCAAAGCAGCACGGGCAGGUGUGAGGAAGAUGGCCAUCAUCAUCACAGAUGGUCAGGCAGAUAAGAGGGACUCCAUCAGUGUGGAGAGCGCUGCAAGAGAAGCGCAUCAAAGCAACACUGAAAUGUUUGUGAUCGGGGUGGUGAAUGAGAGCGACCCUCUGUACAAGGAGUUCACCAAGGAGCUCAACCUCAUCGCGUCUGACCCCGACGGCAAACACGUGUACUUGAUUGAGGACUUUAAAACACUUCCAGCUCUGGAACAAAGGCUGAUGAGCCACAUCUGUGAGAACGGAGAGAGCCGUUCAGCUCUGUUCAGCUUGGUCCCGAGUUCCAAUCUGCCUCCAGGAAUCCCAGAGGACUCCAGCAACAUAAAAGAGCCCCUGUACAAGACUGAUACAGACACGCCCACUUUCACAGGAGACUUCAGGAGAGUUCACAUGGUGCCUGGUCCUCCAGGGUUGCAACCCAACCGAGAAUCCAUCACUCCACAACAACCCAGAACAGAUGAAAGGACGACUACAGAAACUUACAGAGUUCCAUUUUUUGACCGAGAACCAUUCAGACCUGUAACAGAGGUCUUCCCACACUUUGAUGUGAACAACCCCAUUCACCGUAAGGUGAUAACAAGAGGUCCAGCAGGACCCACUCUGAAAACCCCAGCUGAGGAGAGCACACUACCACCAUCACCAGCAACAACCCUACUGCCUGCUGACAUGAAAACACCAGAGGAGUGCAAACAAGUCCUGGAUCCAGGUCCAUGCCGUGACUAUGUGGUGAAGUGGUACUAUGAUGCCAUAGCAAAUUCCUGCGCUCAGUUCUGGUUUGGAGGCUGCCAUGGAAACAGCAACCAGUUUCAGACGGAGAAGAGCUGCAGAGAAACGUGUGUCAAAACCUAAACUUUAUCAGAACAUUUCACUCUGGUUUUGCCACAGAUUUCUGUGCUGUCAUGUUUUAAUUUGAUUAAUGUGAUGGAUAAAAUGAGCAGGUCUUGUAAAAGAUUAUCUUAGGCAGUGGUGAAAUGGCUGCAAUUGUUCAGUUUUAUGUUUGUUUGGUUGUUUUUCAAUUCUUGGCCAGAGGGAUUUGUCUGUCUGUAAAAUAUAUGAGGGGCACAAUAAUGCAGACAAAACAAUUUGGUAACCAACUGUUGAGCAGCUGUUAAAAAUGAAACUUCAUAAUCACUAACUUUUCUGUUUACAAAUCUAACCUCGUUGUACAAGGUCAUAAUGUAUUUUUGUACUGCAUUUUAAUACUAUGUAACAUUUUUAAAGAAAAUCAUAAACCAUGAA